AUGAAGCAAAGACGAGAGAUUGAACAUCAAGGAUCCCUUGGAGAUGCGGAGAAUAAUUUCAACCAUCCGUUUGAAGUUUACCUAAAGUAUCUGUUGGAGAAAACAAAACCAAACCACCUGAAAGAGGAACCAAGAAUGAUAGUCAUAAUGUCUAACAUGUUCAAGAACUUUGACCAAAUGUUAGGAAUUGAUUAUGCUCUGAGAACCCAAAUCAUUGAACUAGUAGGUGAAGUUUUUACAAAUCUUAUUGCUGGUUUGAAAACCCCACAGUCCAAUGUUGAUCUUGAUGAAAUUAAUGUUCUGCAUACUUGCGCUGAGUUUCUUUUACACUGUGGAAUAACACCUCUGGGCUUUAACAUUCUGCAAAAACUCGGCUUAGUCUCUCAUAUUCUUCAUGAAGAACUUCAACGUCCUGAUCCUAACUGGUCUAACUACGUAUGGCUAGGCUUCAUCACCAAAGCUUCGGCUUCAGAAGAGGGCUUUAGUGUAUUAACUUCUCAAGCUAGUGGUAUCCUAAAAAUGGAGUUGUUAAAUCUUUGGAGCACAAUUGAUGAAGACUGCUCUGGAUCAGAACUGCCUGUAAGAGAAUGUUCCAAUAGUCUACUACGAGCUAUCACAUUGUUUACCUUGAAUCUCAAAGGUGUUCGGGCAUUCCUUAAGGAGCCGGAAGAUGGCAGCGAGGCGACAUUGACAGAGGAGUCUGACACAAGGCCUUUAAAUUUAUUUUCUCUCAUCAGAGAUUUUGCUCUCAACUAUUCAAAGUGCCCUGACUUUAUUCACCAUCUAUUCGCAUUAACUGUUCUAGACAUCCUAGUGUCUAACAUCGAUUCGAGCAUAUAUUUAAUGAACAAAUUCAACUUUCAAGAAUCUCUUUUGAUUAUGCAAGCAGAAAGCAGAGUUGAUGAGAGUUCAGAAGUUAUAAUUGACGAGUGCAGUCUACUUCGACAAAAGAUUAUAGAAAAAACAAUUUUGCCUGUUAAAGUCAACACAAACCUAAAACCUUCUCACACGUUUCCAAGGCCUGACAGCACUUUGACUAGGACUAAACCAAGAUCUCGAGGCAAUGGAGAAUUUGCUCGUUGGCUUAGUGAAACAAGACCAGGCCUACAUGACCACAAUUGGUUGAAGCACGCUCGAAAGUUGUAUAGGAACUCAUCACCCGACGAUGUGAAAGGAACAACUAUUAUAGAUCUUUUAGAGCAGGUUUCAAAAGUUCUGCCAGAAGUAAAGCCAGCAAUAAAAUGGCAACGAGUUGACGACCGGUUUACUCUACGUGCGGAGGAACAACUGGCCAUCCAACUGGCCGUAAAGUAUGGAGCUCAUCAUAGAAUAUUCCAGGAAACUCAAGCUAACAUUGAAAAUCUCAGCCAGCUCGUCCUCAUUGUCAACACAUCACUAAAAGCGACGUCAGAUUGUUUUGACGGAUUCGACUGGUUUGUUGCUUCUAGUUUUCUGCUUUGCUCAGGAAACAUUGAAAAAGCCCAAGCGUUUUUAUCGCUUAUGUCAACCCUACCAACAGCACCUCUUUUGUGGUCUCAUUUUGGAGAAGCAUCUUUGUUGGCCCAGCUUGGAAAUGUUCUUGACUGUAUAGUCUCAGAGGAAAUGCCCGCUCUGUUUUACGUGCUGCAGCGCAACGGUUUGUCGUGGUGGCAGUUGUGCCGUGGAUGGAUUGCUCAGUGUUGGUGGGGAGUAUUGGACUGGCCAUACAUCUGCCAUUGGCUCAUGACAGGGAUGUUAUAUCAGUCUGAUCAUCUGUUAUAUUUCUGUGCGGCUCUUCUACACUCCAACCAUGACCGACUGAUGCAGAUGUCAAUCCAGGGAACGGUUUACGAGAUUGUUACCAAUCCAGCAGAAAGAUUUCAACUGGCAGAAGCGAGAAUCAUGAUUGAUAAACUGCACAAGAAGUAUCAUGGGACGCUACACUCCUACAUAAGUUCUCUCUGAGAUUUGAGAUUUGA